AGCACUGCUUCAACUUCCCAGCCUCUUAUAAGCAGCUUAUAGAAAGCUUCAUUCUAUCCACUGCUGCAAAGGAGCCCAAGAACUACCCAGAGGAACAAGGACAAGAUCAUGAAGACAUUGCUUGUUGUCACACUUCUGGCUGCUUUAGCAGUGGUAGUCCUGUGCUAUGAGUCCCAUGAGAGCAUGGAAUCUUAUGAAAUGAAUCCUUUCAUUAACAGGAGAAAGGCCAACAAUUUUAUGUCACCUCAGCAAAGAUGGAGGGCUAAAUUUCAAGAAAGGACCAGAGAACGCACCAAGCCUGCCCAUGAAAUCCAACGAGAAGCAUGUGAUGAUUAUACUUUAUGUUCACGCUAUGCCUAUAUUCAUGGAUACAGUGCUGCCUAUAACCGUUAUUUCAGGCAGCAAAGAAAUAACUGAAUCUGGGAUUUUGGAGUCUUUCUUUCCAGAGCCUGGAGCCUGGAUUUAUAUGCAAAUAUGAUAGUAUUAUUAAAACAUAUGGAUCACUUGUUAUCUGCAUGUUCCUUCAUUUCCUACUUUUGUCUUCCUCAUCAAAAGAUUAUUAGAUUCUCCUUUACAUCUUUGGAUAACAGUGUAGUGGAGAUAGAGGGGAACUGGGAUUUAUGCUUAUUGCAAAAUAAACUUUUGGUUUGAUACCUUUAUUCUGUAUGUUUAAUUUUUAUAAAAACUAGUUAAUUGAUCAAUAUGCUAUACACUUAAUUCACUGAAAAAUCUGUUUGAAUGUGCAUUCAACACUCAUAUAGCAUCAAUUAGUGAAUUCCUUAAAUCCUGUUAGUGAUGGAAUUCUUUCUAUGAACAGGAUGCUGGGGGAAAGAAGAGGAGAAGAGUCUAAUAUGCCAUUUAGGUAUCCAUGAUACUCUUUCAUCCCUCUCUAUCAAGGGUUGGUGCUUGAAUUAUAUCCACUAACAUAUUACUGAGUAUUUUAUUUAGGCAACUUUUAAAAGUCAUUAUUGUAUUUUUUGAGGGGAGGGCAUUAUUGGAAGUGGCAAUAAUGUAAAAGAAGAAAAAAGCAUUAAUAAAAGAUUUAAGAAUUUUUUUAAAUGUCA